AUGACGUGUGCUCUUGCACCCAAUGGCCAAUCUGUCGCCUGUGGUGGUCUUGAUAGCGCAUGCUCUAUUUUCAAUCUCAACUCUCAAGCAGAUAGAGAUGGGAACAUGCCAGUAUCAAGAAUUCUUACUGGACACAAGGGCUAUGUUUCGUCAUGCCAAUAUGUCCCAGAUCAGGAAACUCGCCUUAUUACUAGCUCAGGUGAUCAGACAUGUGUUCUUUGGGAUGUUACUACUGGACAGAGGAUAUCAAUAUUUGGAGGUGAAUUUCCAUCAGGGCAUACAGCUGACGUUCAAAGGUUCUCAACUUCAGCUAAAGUGUUUGGUUCAUCUUGGUACAGAGAAAUUGUUCAGUUUGGUGUCAUGAUAUUAUGGGAAUUAGCAACUAGGAGGUAG